GUUCUAUGUAGUCUUGGCGUCUCGGUGAGUGACACCUACACCUCGAUCGGUGGAGAGCGUAGGGCCGAAUCUCGGUGAAGGGAUCCACUCACCGUGGCGGGGCGAUUAUCGGAGAGACGUAUCGGGGAAAGCCGCUGACCAAGAGAAAGUAGUGGAUCUAAAAUCAAUGCUGAGGCCGACGAUUGGUUAGAAGACCUUUAGAGUGGAUCCAAAUUCGCUCAUGGGACGUCUCAGGCGCGUCACAGUUGGCCUUAGGGCGGAAAAUUAGCAGAGAAGGUGCUGAAGAGUGGGGUCCGGUCCCGCGAUUCCCGACUUUCCCGACCCGGCCGAAGCCGUUCCAGGCGCAGCGCCUGCGCAGCCUAAGUCACCUCACCAUUGGAAUGGUCAAUUGCAAGCGCCGCAUCCCAGCCAUAGGACCUCAACAAGGCUCAAGCAGACCACCUCACGGACAGAUAGAGAAGAGGCCCAGCCCGAUCUCGCUAUUCUCCUUCUCCACUAGCCCCCAGGGCGCGCAAGUUCAACUUUCUUCCGUCCCGCAUCAACUACGGGGACCCAGACCAAGGCGCAAGCAGAGGGCAAGGCAGAAAAUUAGCCCAUGGAACAUCACCAUGUCCUCCACGAGGGCCAUCAAGAAGAGCGCCUUUUCGUGCGAACCAUGUCGUCGUCGCAAGGUGAAAUGCGGCGGAGAGCAGCCGACAUGUAAUCGGUGUGCUGCCCGCGCGGAUGAGUGCGUCUACAAACUUAACCCGACGUUGUCAUACACGUCACGGCUGGAGCAUCGUAUAAAGGAACUAGAGGCACAGCUCGCCGCAGCGAGGGCUCACGCGCCAUCCGGGGCGGGAGCCGGAGCCGGACCAUCAGAGCCCUCUCGAACAUCAUCGCCCAGCAUCGGGCCGUCGGCAGGUCAGUCGCCCAUGACGGAUCCUCACCACUUUGAGUCGCAGGAUGAAGAGUCCGUGAGCGAGAGCUUCAAGGGCCUCAAGGUCGACGACAAGGGCGCCAUUACCUAUCAUGGCUCGACGAGCUUCUUUCAGCUGCCGAGUGAUAGGCCGUCUGGCUCGAGGGACCAGCAGUCGACAUCGGAUCAGGCUAUGCAGAGGCGUGAAAGGCUUGUGGCCAAUGCCUGGCAGCAGAGGGCGCUCGAGAACAUGUCCGAUAUACCGGAACCGUUCCAAUAUCUGCUGAACGUCCACUGGUGCUGGAUCCAACCUCUCUUCAACUUCAUCUACAGACCUGCUUUUACCCGUGACAUGCAGACAUUAGGACCAUACUACUCCCACACCCUCAUGAACGCAGUCCUCUCUCACUCCAUCCGCUGGGGCCGAAGCGACCCAGCAACAAAAGAAAAACUCGACGAGUUCUACGACGGCGGCGCCCUCUUCGGCAAGCACGCGCGCAGCAUGGUCUUUGAGGAGCUCAGCCAGGGCGUCUGCUCCAUCCCCACCGUCCAGACUCUCCUACUCCUCAGCGCGCAGGAGUGCAGCGUCGGCAACAGCGCCCAGGCGUGGACGUACAGCGGCCUCGCGUUCCGCAUCAUUGACCACCUCGGUAUCUGCGUUGAUGGGCAGCGGUACCCCGGUUCCGUGCAGCUCGCUGACGAGGACGUCGAGAUCCGUCACCGGCUGUUUUGGAGUUGUUAUUUCUGGGACAAGAUGAUUAGUCUGUACCUUGGGCGUUCGCCUUCGUUGCAGCAGACGUCUGUGUCGCCACCGCAGAUUAUGUUUGACGACUCGGCUGAGAAUGAGUCGUGGACGCCGUUUGGCGUCGUACCGGAAGGAGGCUGGAAGUAUCCCCCCGCAGCGGCGCACUCCACUUCGUGCUUCAUGCAAAUGUGCCGACUCUCGAUAACCUUCAACGAGAUCCUCGUCCACAUGUACGACCCCGUGCGGCCCAACAGCCAGGCCGAGAUGCAGGAUUGUCUCGCCAAGCAAGAAGUCGCCUUACGGCAAUGGUGGGACGAGCUUCCUCCGCACCUCAAGAUCGAGCCUACGGCCCUCCCAGCCCUGGCGCCGCCAUCGCACAUCAUCACGUUGAACGUGCUUUAUCGCACCUUCAAGAUUCUCCUCUACCGCCCCAUGCUGUCCCAGCGAGGAAGUGUGGGGGACAACUUGCAGCCGGUGCAGCGGUACCUUGGCGAGUGCGUGACCUCGGCGACGGGCAUCAUCGCCAUCUUUGACCUCUUCUGCCGCUCCUUCGGCAUCAGCCACUGCGUGCUCUCCCUUUCGUAUAGCGUGUACAUUGCGGCGUCCAUCUUCCUGCUCCAGGUGCAGUCCAGCGUCGAGGACACGCAAGCGCUGCGCAGGCUGGAGUACUGUGUCCGUAUCCUGGCAUCCGUGAAGCGUAUCAACCCAGGUAAGUACAGACAUCAACGCAUUUCUCCUUCCCUCCGACAUAUUCCAGACGGAAAGGGGGGGCCAGAUCCAACUCCGAACUCUGACUGACCUCACCCCGCCCCUAGUCAUUAGCAGCGCCCUCAACCUUAUCACCCGCGAGCUCGUCGGCCUAGGCAUCGACAUCGGCGCCCUCGGCCUCCCCAAGACGGCCGCGACGCCGCCGAUGGCAACCUACGGCAUCCCGCAGCAGAGCCGACACGGCGCCGGCGCCGAGAACAACAUGCCCCCCGCUUCCGUGCCGCCCGGCCCCGAGGCCACCAGCUCCCCCGAGCAGAUUUACAACUUCCCCUUUGUCGACACCCUCGGCCCCGAGGCCUUUGCCAUUGAUCCGCAGGUCUUCCAGACCAUGUCUUC